AUGAUGAUUCUCAUCAAGAAAAGCAUCUUAAUUGGAGUCGGAAAUCCUGCUCGAUAUCUUCUGCAAACAAGUUCAGACAAUUUGAAUCAAUCUAAACCGUAUAAAAAAAUGACCUUUGGAGAGAGAGACAAAAACAAACCCCAUAAAACCAUUCUGAUGGUGGGAGAAACAGGAACAGGAAGAACAACCCUGAUCAAUGCUAUAGUCAACUACAUGUUAGAUGUUCAGAGAGAAGACAAGGUUUGGUUUGAGAUCACAGAUGAUCAGAGCGACCGAACAUCAGUUCACAGUCAGACCUCCAUCAUCACUGUUUAUGGGUUUUAUCCACAAGAGAGUAAAACUGAUCUAACAAUCAUCGACACACCAGGAUAUGGAGACACAGUUGAGAGAGAUAAAGAGAUCGCUGAGAGUUUUUUUAGCUUAAGUAAAUCAGCAGAAGGGAUCCAUGAAAUACAUGCAGUGUGUCUGGUGAUUAAUGCGACACAGAAUCGACUCUCUGACAGACAAAUAUACAUAUUUGAUGCUGUUCAGUCCUUAUUUGGAAGAGAUAUUGCUGAAAACAUGGUCUUGCUCUUCACACACUCAGAUGGAGCUCGACCUAGAAAUGUCCUGGCGGCUGUUAAAGAGGCUAAAGUCAAGUGUGCAGUGAAUGAACAGAAUCAGCCGGUGUUUUUCCUGUUUAAUAACUGUCAGUCAGAAGCUGCUGAUGAAGAAGAUGAUGAUGAUGAAGAAUAUGAAGAAUAUCAUGAACAGAGGCAGGAUCAAUCAUGGAAUUGCAGUUUUAGAGGAAUGGCAGGAUUGUUCAGGUUUCUUGACACAAUACAACCAAAAACCCUGAAGAUGACUCGAGAUGUGUUGCAGAAUCGGAAGCAGUUGGAGGCAAAUAUCUCUAAUCUAAAGUCACGUGUUCAAAUGAUGGAACUAAAGCAAAAUGAGCUGAAACAAACUCAAGAAGCUCUGGAGAAGAACUUGGAAAAAAACAAUAAAUCUGAAAAUGAAGUUGAGGUGAAAUACAAAGAGAAGGUUGAUAUUGAUCGCUCUAAAUGGCCAUGGAAGGCCAUGUGCUGCAGCGUCUGUGAGGAGAACUGUGUUUACCCAGAUAAUUGGUGGGUCACCCAUCUCUCAUUGUCCAGUGUGAUGAAAGAUGAUCACUGUACAGUGUGCACAAAUAAAUGCCACUACAGCAGACAUGUCAAAGAAGCAAAAAUAUAUGUAACAAAGACAAAGAAAGAGAAGAGGACAUAUGAAGGACAUAUGACAUAUGACGGUGUGUUUGUGGUCCAGAAGCUGGAAGAGGAACUACAAGAAUUAGAGAGAGAGAAAAUAAAGCUGGUGAUUGAAGCUUUUUACUGUGUGAAUACUCUGGAGAUGAUCGCACUCAACACUGAUUCUCUGUUCACACUUCUGGACAUUGACUUUCUGAUCGAGAAGCUGAAGGAAAUAAAUGAGCCUGAAAAAGCAAAACAUCUGGAAAUACUGAAAUACUGGAGGACUGGGAUACAUAAGAAGUAUUUUUGA